AUGCCUUCGUACCCUUCACAAACGAUACCACCUUUGGAGCAUCGAUACAUCAGACCUCGGCGCCAUCAGGACCAUAUUCCACCCCUCACGAGGAAGAGGCCCACGAUAACUGUCGUCUGGAUACUCAUUGCCGUUGCUGUGGUUGACGUCGUUCUGACGCUCAACUGCCAAGUGGAUUUUGGGGGCUCGGGCGGAUCAGACGAGCUGUUUCUGCCUCAUCGCGGGCCGGCCUACCUGAACAAACGAAUAACAGUGGCUCUUGCCUAG